AAUUUGUGGUGCUCACCGGGCAGCUCGUAUUUGCUUUUCGGAUGACAAGGUUGCUGUUCUCUUCUUAGCUUAUUUAGACAGGAUUAAUUUUUUGCCCUUAUUUGACAAACCGCCUCUUACCAAAUGGCGGGACUGAAAUUGGAGGAUCCCACCGUUGAUGUUGCCGACGUGGAGAAGUAUCGGUUGGCCUUCCUUAUGCAGUUCUUUGUGCAACACAAGCGUCGGUUCCGAUUCCCUCGCCUCCGACUUCAAGAUUUGUAUCAGCGUGUUGUGAAAGACCCGGAUGCGACUGCAUUUUGCGAUGUUGUGGCCCGAAUUCUACGUUUUCUCAGUCACGGCAAUCCAGACAUCUGCAUCGAUACGGUGGACCAGGCUUUGGAUCGUUUCACCAUGGACAAACGAACUCCGUAUCGCAUCAACAUGCAACGCCAUCGAAAUGGGAAACCGGUGAGCCAGCUUGGGCCCACAGCUCGAGCCGCUUUGUUAGACAAUCUAAUCGAGACGGUGUACGAUGAGCAGCCGGAUUUCAACUUCACUUCCGGUUUUAACAAUUCGAACCCAGUCGUCACAUCCGGCCUGCCAAACGGUGCGCGUUCCGCGACUGCUGGCAGUCUAACCUCGGGUGACACAGACCCCAGCGCGUCGUUGUUUGGACAUGGUGUGGAUGGCCUAUCUGGUGAUGCGAGUGACUUUCCCGACCCGGAGGAUGUCAAUGUCCUCAUCAAAGCUGGUCAAGACGCACAAGGCAGCAGCUAUUACUACAUGGAUGAUUUGCGACUCUAUCGUGAACGACCACAAAAUGGUAUUUCCUCACAGUGGGACGUGGCUGUGGGCCCAACGACUGCACAGUGGCAAAAUUUCAUUAUUUCCCUGAGUCGAAACGAGAAAGAGUACGAUUUGUAUUGUUUUCUGAAACAUGACCUUUUCGAAUUGGUUAAACAAAGUCUGGAUAGUUAUGAGCUUCAUGCAGCCAAUCCGGAUUUAGAUUCGAACACCUUGCGUGCCAAGGAGUCCAUCGAGUUGACCGAGUGGCGUCGAAGGCGGGGGUUAUCUGCCUCGAAGCGGAACGAUGAACGACAAGAUGGUAGCACAUUACCUUCGCUUGCCAGUACCAUGGGAUUAAGCUCGAAUGGCCCGAAGAGCGCAUCGCCUGCGUUCAGCGGCGGCGGUCAUGGCGCGUAUGGCGUUGGGAGCUCGGGAAGUGCUUCCUCUGGUGCCCCACUUACACCGAGUUCCGCGCGCACACCCACAUCCGCCCCACCCGUCACGGCAUCUAACGGUUGCCUACCUCCUCGUAUACAGCCGCAUUGUGUGCACUCGGAAAAUGACGAUUUGUUUUCCUCUGAUGUCAAAACCGAUCCGACGACCUCCCAUUCUACAUCGAAUGGUCUACCUUCCGAAGGUGGACUAUACGAUCAGGCCAAUUCCCUCGACGCUGUGCCCGUGACACAUCCGCCUACCACCAAUCUUUCCGUAUCGGACCCGUUCCCCACACAAUCCAACUCAACAGUAUCGGUUUCAAAUUCAACACCCUUGCUUAAUGCGACCUUGAAGGCGGAACCAUCAAACCAAGUCGGUGCAGAAGACAAUUUUGCAUGGCCUUCAGAUUCCGAGGUACUAGCCAACACCAGUCAUUCCGGAUACAACUAUCUUGGCUAUACGGGCCCUCCUAAUCCAGACGAUCAUAGCUACUCUCAAUCUGUUCUCUCCCCCAGCCAGGACACGACAGGCAAUGUAGCGUGCACACAGAGAGAACACUUUUCCUCUGGCUCUUGCCUUUCGAGUGCGGAUAGAAAUUCGUUUCCCUCUCAUCCAUCAGAUCAGACAUCGGACUUUCCGAACUUACCCACUUCUUCUCUAACUUCUCAUUCCCCAAUGAAAGUCACAUCCAGCACAUGCAACGCACCGUCUUUGCAACGCACCGCCUCCCCUCUUGCUGGUUCACCAACAGACACGCGCAAGCCGCAAGCGUACUCAUUCAAUCCUUCGCCCAGCUCUUCGGAAUGCAGCGCUACGCAUACAUCCUCUUGCACAGCGCUCGCCACCUUUACCGACGCCACAGAUACCACACCGCAACUCGGCCGAUCGGCACUGUCUGCAGUCAAACCCAAUCGUCCGGCGACUGCCAUGGUAACACCGAUCGUGGGAGUCCCCGAAGCUGUAACCACUCUGACACAGGAACAGUGGGAAAACCGCAAGAGCAAAAUAGCCCAAUUAGAAAAAAUUCAUUCCACAUUAAGCAAAAGUAAAAGCGCCUCUACUCCCGGAGCAGUGGCCGCUGCGGCAGGCGUGGUUAUGCAUCAACAUCGAUUACCAAUCAACGGCUCUUCUGCACCCGGACCAUUAGCUCCUGCUAAAAUCGGACCACAACAGCAUGCCGAUGGAACGGUUACCGGAACUCCUACUGGUCCCACAUCCUACCCUCCUGUUCAGCGUCACGGAAUUCCGGACAGCUAUCUUUUCAAUCGGGGACCCGUCUGCCCGGGGUUACCACCUUCUGAAACCGCUCAACGAGAAUGGGACCGUUUAUGUCUAGACUACCAAAGAGAGAAGCUUGAACCUUCGCCCCAACGCAUGCACCUCAACUGCCGGCAUGCGAUGGUUCUCAACGACUCGACUUGUUGCUCACUUACUCCGACAGAUGCGAAUGGACCGCCGUCAGCCGGAAACAUUGUGCCUGCAGCUUCAUCGGUCAUGGAACAGCAUGCCUCGUGCCAGAUAUCUCCCAGACAUUUUUCCACUCACGUAGAUGGUGUUGGCCCCCCUGUUGUCAUGGUCCCACCGAACAACUCCAACAUCACUGUCAGUUCUGCUUACUCACUAUCCACACAGUCCUCAGCUGUGUCUGGCCACAAUUAUCGCUGCAUACCCACCAUGAACUGCCACCCUGAUCAAGUUCCAUCUGGUGCGGUCGUCAUGGGGCAAAAACGUCCUUACUAUGGAUCUCCCAACGAUUCCUGGUCUCCUAGCGUUGGUGGUGCCCUUGCCACUCCACAAGGCUCGUUGCACGAUAGUGGACUGUUUGUUGGCUCCAUGGUGCCCUGUGGAACCGCACCCACGCAACGCACUUCUGGUCUCCGAACUCCAACAGGCUCGCUCACUUCUUCUCCGACCCCAGUUCCUGCUUCAGCAGUAGUCACUAGUUCCUCCACUGGUGCCCGAGGCUCCAGCGUAAGUAAAACGGGAGGGAAGAAGAGGAAAACAGCUGGAACUGGACGCGCAAACGCCAACUCCACUUCGACUAUAUCCGCAUCAUGUACACCUUUGCAACACCCAUGCCCGUACGGGAAGACCACUGGUAGUGUGUUACCUCCUGGUUCCAUUGCAUUCGGCAAAUCGAUGUAUCCCUCCCCUUAUAUGAACGAUCCAUCUCAAGCUGCGUUUUAUCCCCAUCGUUCAAUGCAUGCGUCGGCAUCGUCUGGCCAUCAGCACAUGACACAACCUGGUCUCGGGGCAAUUCCUAGCUAUCACUGCACGGAUUCACACUUCGGCCACUAUCCGGACAUGGCUUGUGGACUCAGUCUCGGUCGUUCUCUCAGUGGAUCCGAGUUGCCCCUAGAAGGUCGUCGGGCCAUGACACUCAAGGGUGGUGAGAUGUGCCAUUUAAGCCUCACAGGUGGAGCAGGUGUGCCUUGUGGCCCACCACUCAAUGGAGGACGUAUGUCAUCUUCCAAUUGUGGUAUGCCAUUUCCUUCUGGUCCUUUUGGCAAUAGCUCUGUGUCCCACGCUUACGUACACGGUCCGGAAGGCGCCGUGGCUCUGGGUUGCGACAUAGGGUCCGGUAUGCGACCAGCUGUCCCUUACACGCAACACCUGACUUCAGCCAGUCUAGCUAGUUUGGCUCGUUUAUCCCAGCUAUCUGGUCCCGAAGGGUCUUUUGUACCAUCGUCGACAUCAUCAAGCGUUGCAGGGAGUUCCUUUGCACAAACUCCUGGCUCUGGUGCCUACCCCGGUCGUGGUUAUCCACCUGACGGCACUUCGUUCAUACCUGGACAACCCCAGCAAAUGCCACAUCAAUCGAUGCGUGGCCAUCCGGUAGCGCCCUCUGCCGGAUUAAAGUCAUACGAUGUGGAUUUGAUGUCCCCGAUUAUGCCCCACUCCGCUUUGUCUCCCUCCAUGCACCAACAGAAAAUUGGAUCACAAACCUAUCACGUUCCUGGCCAUCAACAGCAUACAUCUUCUCAGCCACCACAACAGCAGCAGCAGCAGCCGUCUCAUCAACCGCCUUCUAUUCAGGUAAACAACACAUUCUUUAACGCCCAAUUAAACGUACAACAGAUGAAUUAUCAGCACGUCAGUGCACCUGGUUCUACUGGACAAAUGCAGAUACACUUUGUACAACAACAACAACAUGAGCAAUCGGGUGUACCGAUGAGUGGUGGGCUUCGGUGUCCUCGACCCCCUGGAACAGGUGCGCGUGUACCGGCUGGGAACUCCGGUCCGAUGAGCACGACGCCUGAGUUCUACUCCGGCCAGCCUCAGCUCGGGCACCAUCUUAGCACAUACGGCUCCGAGGUUUUUAACCAGCGCUUAUCAUCCUCGUACUCUAAUCAACCUGGUACUUGCGAGGCACGAAUGAAAUCCGAACUCACGGUGCCUUUGUGCACUGGGUUAACUGCAAUUCCUGCUACCGGAGGAGCCACUACUUCCACUGCCGGGUAUGGCAGCACAACAAGCGUCCAUAUAACGCCUCGCACACCACACACUAUUCAGUAUUUACCCGCGACGACUCCCUCUCAUCCGGAUGCCGCCCAACAUGCGCCACAGUCCUAUGUUCCCUCAGACUGUUCUCCGGCCACCAGAUCAAGGCAAAUGAGGCCAACUGGUGGACAAGGGUCAAUUGACACGUUGCUGUUCGCCCCACCUCCUCCAGAUGUACCGAUUUCGGAGGCCACUACUCAUCCGUCGUCGACUAUUCAACAGCAUCAAUACCAACAGCAGCAACAACAGUUGCAGUCUCAGUAUAACUCUCAGUCCAUCUCGCAAUCGGCGUAUCCAGACCAAAUAAUUGCACAGAACAAAAUCAACCAACAGCAGCAAUAUUCUACAGGACGUCCAACCGGAUCCUCUUGGUCAUGUCCCUCAGGUUUUGCUCUGGAUCCAGGCGCCCCCGGUUCAUCAAUGCUACGUCCCAUCGGAACUGCCCAUCAUUCGUCUUCCCGUACAGCAGUUGGUCAAGUUUCCGGAUACAUGAGUGAAAUGGCUGAAUCUGGUCUCUGCGGUCCAGGUUGGACUACCGAUCCCAGUGAAUCUUCUUCCUCUCAACGCUCUGGCAAUCUGCACUAUUCUCGCCAGCACUCGAUUCCUCCCAGACCCGAUGGUAGUUCGCAACCACAGCAAACACAAACACAACAACAGCAGCUUUAUCGACAGCAGCAAUUUAACCAGCAUCAUUACCAUCAACAGCAGCAGCAACAGCAACAACAACAACAAAUGUUUAUGUCGUCCUCGCUAAACAACUGUUCCGGUGGUCAGGUCCAAUUCAUGAUGUCCGCCUCAGCCUCCUCUUCAUCAAUGACUUCAUCCAAUGUGCAAAGCUGCUCAUCCACUACCAUUCUUAGCAAUGAAGCGGGUGUCACCUCGUCUUCAGGGUCCGCGGCACCCCGCCCAACUUCCACGUGCAAUAUACCCUCAGAUGCGAAAGCCUCCUGCCGUUACGAUACAGUACCGAUCAGUGGCAAACGGUCAUCUGUACCCGGCAACAGCGACGAACUGAAGGGCGCGAGUUGCUGCGUUGGUCCUUUGAGUUCACAGCAAAUGCUCCAGCCUGGUCGCACAGGUUGGCCGUCCACCACCACUGGAUUGAACUGUGGCAGCAGUUCCACCUUUAUUGAGCGCCAGUUGGAUCCCUCAUACUCGUCCGUAUACACCGCGGGAAAUUUUAUGCCGGGGGCAGCGCCCUCAGCAAACGGAGCGUUUGGCUUCUCAGACCCUGCGAUGAGCAGCCGUGAUCUCGUCAUACAUCAACACUCACAAGCCCAUAACACUUGUGACCUACCUGAUGGUAGUCUACCUCAGGUCUACACCUCAUCCGUGCUGCCAUAAUGCACUGAACUUGUUCUACCUAUCUAUGGACACCUACAGAAGUACACAGCCACCAUUUCCUCUCCCUCUUUUCUUACCGCAGUGUGUGUUAGGUGUACAGAUCAUCUUUCGUUUUGCUGUGCCUUUGGGUAAUCAAUUACGUCGUUAUUAAUGUUAUCUCAUUAUGUGUCUGUCCCGACAGUGCUUCACACUACACGCCUACUCUCACUCACAUGUAGCAACAUUUAAUAAAGACACACUGCACUAUUUUUGCCUCUGUUUUUUUCGCAGUGUACUUUUCGGUCUCUGUGUCCUACUCAUCCACGACCACAUUCUUUUCUCCCUCUCCAUAUAUCUUCUUUUAAGUGUGCCUUCUUGAUGUUUCAUACUCGUACGAGGCAUGCCGCCCACCUGUGUUUUGCAACCACGAAAACCUCGAUAUCUCCCCUCUCACAUCACCCAUUUGCCAUCUCUCUGUGUGUGCGUUUUUCGACCCACACCAUUCACUCCUUUUCAUCACACACUGUUCUUCCUUUUCUGUUCUCGUCUCCGGCGCAUCUGUUGUACAUGCUGUUUCGAUCCUCCGAGAAUACUUGUGGCUUAUGCCAUACGUCAUUUCCUUUGCUUACCCUCUACUUUGUAUGGUAUUUUCUUCCCUUUUUAGACCUAUACAGCGUCUUUUAUCUAUUCCACCCCGACUAGGCUAUGAUUGUCAUCACGCAUCUUUACUAACACUGUUUUUGUCUCUCUCUCCCUUUCACUAUUUUAUUCCCACUCCAAAACUCGUUACUCCACUAUACUCUUAAUCGUUGUUUCCAAUUUUUUUCCAAUUCAGCUGAACACGUUGAUAGCAUUAUUCAUCUCCACUCUGACCACAUUGGAUCCGUUCAUGCUAUUCUUUCUCUGGUCGAUGCCGUUUUUAUGGCCUAUUGCUUUGCUUUUGUUCUCUAUUCUGUGCCUGCGCAAUUGUUGUAGUGGUAAAGUGGAAGAAAUAAUUAAUUUUAUCACGUUACGGGUUUUCCUAGCACGCGAACUUACCCUCCCAAUCGUAUUGCUCCUCAGUUUUCUCUCGCCAGUUACGAUUGCUUAUUUCCAGCGGUUGUCUUGUCCGUGUUCACACCUGAUCCCUGCUUCUGCCAUUGAGUCAAUCGUAUUAUAUUUCUGGCUUCCCACAAUGCUUCCGGUAUCUGAUAUUGUCCUGGUCUAAAUUUCUCAAGUAGAG